GCAAGGCCCGAGUUGGCCCAGGCCUAGUCUUGAGUCUCCUCUGCCCGAGAAGGCCUCGCCAGACUACAAAUCCCAAGCCGGCCUUUACCUCAGAGACGGCGCCUCUUCUUCCAAGUAGGAACCUUUCUUUCCCUGCCGGAAGUUGCGUUCCCGCCGGAAGCGGACGGUUCCAGUGUGUUGCACCGUGCCUCGCCUCAGAGCGUCCGUGUCCAAGCGUCGCGUGUGGAGGUUUCCUUCGGGGAAAAAAAGGCAGCCAUGGGUCGGCGCAAGGUCUACCGCCCCAUUGCGGCCCUGGCCAAGAGGAUCCGCGAGUACCGGGCCCUGAAGAACCGGCCCCGGGACUCGCAGAAGUAUGCCCUGGACUACGAGACCAUGACCCGGCCCCUCACGGGGAAGAGGCUGCCCGUCCUGGCCUGGGAGGACGUGAGGACCGAGGAGCGGCUCUUCAGCCUCCUCUGCCGCCUGCACUGCUUUGGCAUCGGGCGCAUGGUCACGCGCAAGUCCUGGCUGUCGCGCUUCGAAGAGCCCUGCUACUGGACCAUCACCAGAGUCAAGGUGGACUAUACAGCGGAGAAUCUGGAUCACGGGAAAGCCUGGGGCCACUUGACGUUUAGAGGCAAGGCGAUGGAGGGAGUCAAAGAAAUGGGCAAGGUGAUGUAUCACGACUGGCGCAUGGUUCCGAAGCACGAGGAGGAGGCUUUUGCGAAGUUCACCCCCGUGGAGGAGGCCGACCCCGUGCGGCACGUGCUCUACCCGCCCCUGCUGCGGGCCAUGGUCCUUGCCCACAGGCAGAAGGCAGGCAGGCCGUGCGCGGAGGAGCCCAUGAUCGACCUCAUGCGCCCGCGCUCCUUCUCCAGGGAGGACUUCGAGGACGCCAAGGACGAAGGCAGCCCCGUCUGACCCUCGUUCGAGGAAGCGUUUCACACAGAAUGGGUUAUAAUAAAUCCGGAUUCAGAAA